AUGGCAGAUUAUAACUACUCCCAUUUCCAACACCUUUACUUUAUAUUAACUGGAAUUCCAGGACUUGAACAAAAGUAUUACUGGAUGGCAUUCCCACUGGGGGCUGUAUAUAUCAUCGCCCUCUCUGGCAAUGGCAUCAUCAUCUCUACUAUCAAGUCUGAAUCCUCUCUGCAUAUCCCUAUGUACUACUUUCUGUGUAUGUUAGCAUUGGCAGACAUGGGACUUGCCCUCUGUACUUUGCCCUCUAUGCUAGGCAUAUUCUGGUUUAACUACAAGUUCAUCGCCUUUGAUGCAUGCCUAGUUCAGAUGUACUUCAUCCACACCUUCUCAGCCAUUGAGUCAGGUGUUCUGGUGGCCAUGGCCUUUGAUCGGGUUGUGGCAAUCUGGAACCCUCUCAGGUACAGCACUAUCUUAACCAAUGGCGUGGUCUACAGAACUGGAGCUGUCAUCUUGACCAGAGCAGCCUGUGUUGUGUUUCCUGUGCCUUUCCUCAUCAAGAGACUCCCUUUUUACCGCGCCAACACCCUCUCCCACUCCUUUUGCCUCCAUCAAGAUGUCAUGCACCUUGCCUGUGCCAGCACCCGUGUCAACAGUCUCUAUGGCCUUAUUGCUGUCAUCUUCACUAAGGGUUCCGAUUCCCUCUCCAUCCUCCUUUCCUAUGUGUUCAUACUCUGGACAGUAAUGGCUAUCGCCUCAGGAGAGGGGCGGCUGAAGGCACUCAACACUUGUAUUUCACACAUCUGUGCUGUACUCAUCUUCUAUGUGCCACUCAUUGGAGUGUCUGUCAUUCACCGCUUUGGAACGCAGCUUUCCCCACUGACCCAUGCACUCCUGGCUAAUGCCUACCUUCUUGUACCCCCUGUGCUGAACCCCAUAGUCUAUACUGUGAAGACCAAGGAGAUACGAAGGAAGAUCACCCAGGCAUUUGUUCAAACCAAGGUGACUGCAGAGUGUUAGGGUCAGCCAGUUUGGGAGAGAAAGAAACUAUUUUGUAAAUGCCUAAUUAUGACAGUCAGAAUUAAAGGUUUAUAUAUAUGUAUUUCAUAUUUUCUGUGUGAUUUGAAUUGGGCAAAGAUAGAGUACCAGGGUCACAGAUUACACUUUUCCUCUCCUGCACCAAAUUGCCCUUUGCCUGUUAUAGAAAGAGUGGCAUCUACAAGAACUUUUGAAUGUACUGCUCUUUAGCCCCACAUUUCUGCCUUAGUAUAGAACAGUUGAAAGCAGGAAAUACUACUGAUCACAUUUUUAAUAACCCAUUUGAAAAGAAAUGGGCCAGGAGUUUUAUUAAAGCUUGUUAAAU